AUGGGAGGUUCCGCGGAGCUGCAAGACGCGGCAGCAGGCGGCGGAGUUGGGGAAGGUGGACGGAACAAGGAGGCGAUGGGGAUGGUGGCGCUGCACGAGGCGCUGAGGAACGUCUGCCGCAACUCCGACUGGACUUACUCCGUCUUCUGGACCAUCCGCCCCCGCCCGUACCCACCCUUCGCUCUUUCUCGCUCUUGCUAUACCUCCUGUGUCCUCUCUCUCUUCCUCACUCGUGUUUACUGCGGCUUUCGUUCUCCCUUCUGCAGAAGAUGCCGAGGAGGCAACGGAUGCAAGGUCGGCGACGACAAUGGCAGCCUGUGAGUUCCCUUCCCUUCUCUUCCCUUGGAUUCCAUCUCUCUCUCUCUCUCUCUCUCUCUCUCUCCCCUCUCUCUCUUAUCCUCUUCUGAUUCUCUCUCCUCCGCGGGCGUCGGUGUAGGAUGCUGAUGUGGGAGGACGGAUACUGCCGGACGAGGGCGGGGGAGGGGGACGGGGGGGAGGACCCAGUGAGGAAAGCCUUCAGUAAAAUGUCGAUUCAGCUCUACAACUACGGAGAAGGGUGGGUGCGCUGGGUACGUCUUGCCCUUCGUUUUUCCUUUUAGAGAAAUCGAUAUCAGACAAAUAUAAUGCCACCCAAAGUAUAUGAAAUUAAAUUUAAUACAAAACUUUAAUCCUAUGACAUAUCAAACUAGUCUAGUGAUAGAGAAAUUAUGAAAAAAAUACCUUUUUGUCUCUGUGCCAUAAUUAAUAUUCUCGUAUAUUUUGAUUGCGACUUUCUAAUUCAUCACUUAGAUAUGAUUUUAUUCUCAUCUCAUGCUCUUAAUGGGUAUCAAUGCCCGCUCACAAUUCAGCUGAUUCAUAAAUGGUGGGCAAUGGGUCUCCUAGAUUUUCUAUACUUAGCUGAAGAGUGAAAUUCACUGAAGUUGGAGACCAGUUCAAGUGGCUUGCGCACAUCAUCGCUAUGUGGGGACCUAGUGGGUCAUGAUGCGGCGGUCCACCAAGCUACGAUGUGUAGGAUUAAUAAUCAAUGAUGCUUUAUUUAAGAGUUUGAUUUUCUCCUCAAUAGAUAGUCCAAACCAAGCCAAAUAGGACAGACCCGUGGGUUGGCCUUCUUGAAUUGUGUAGGACCGUCCCAUCAGAAAUUUUCUUCGUGGGCUAGAGUUCUGUCUGAAUUAGUAAUAAGUGGAACCCUAAUAAAAUCUAAUUAUAUGUAUAUUUUAAAAUUCUUAUAAUUUUUAUUUUUCUGAAAAUGUAGAAAUUGUGUUCUCACAUCAUUAUUUUGUUUCAACGAAUUCCUCGGGGCAAAUUCUUGCCUGAUCCAUACUUUCACAAAUGGUAAUCUUAUCAUUGAAUAAUCAUCAUUGCUGGUAAUCCACAAUUACAUUACAUUAUUGAAGUGAAUAUUUAAUUAGUAUUUACAUUACAUAUUGGGUUUCAUUAGUUCGUUUGGAUUGACGAUUCUCGGCAGUGACUUGAUGUGAUGUGAUGUGUGAUGUGGACAGGUUAAUGGGGAAGGUGGCUUCGGAUAAGUGUCACAAGUGGGUUUUCAAGCAACCUUCAGCUUCGUUUUCCUCCGACUGCGAGCCCAACGUCGCCAACUACUGGCAGAGUUCCUUUGACGCCGUACGUCGCCUCUCCCUUUCUCUCUCUCUCCCGCUCGCUCUCUCUCUAUCUCGCUUUCUCUCUCCCUCUCUCUCUCUCUAGCUCUCUCGCUCUUGUUUGUUAGAUCUUAUUUCCCGUCCGGAUAGACUCUUGCCUACGACUACGUAACAAGAGUAAAUUGGAGGAAGAGAGGAGGAAGGAGGUAACGAUAUGGCGAACGAUAUAACGGAGAUGGGGGAAGCGACAGAGAUGGAGCUGGAGAAUGAGGGAGACAAAGAGCGUAAGAUGCGGGACAGAGAGGAUGUGGCCUGAGAAAGACAACCUAAGUUCGGAAGAUAGAAGAGGGAGAAAGAGAGAAAAGGGCUAGGUGAUGUGUGUGGUGAUGAUGCUUUACCACAGAGCGGGCGGAAAUAAAGAGGGAGAGAGAGGAGAGGUAGAGGUAGAGGUAGAGAUAGAGGAUUGUUUCAUCGUCGUGUAAAAAUCCUCACGAAGCAGGAGAAGCCGAUGCGUCUUCUUCCGUUUACUGUUUCAGAUGCGAUAGAGAUGAAUACGGCCCCUAUCUUAUCUCUCUCUAUCUCUCUCUUUCUCUCUCUCUAUCUUCAGCUUCCCCCGGAGUGGACGGAUCAGUUUGCCUCAGGAAUCCAGGUAAGAAAAGGGGAAGCCCGUCAGUCGAUUGCUUUGUCGUUUCUAAUCGUUGUUGCUUAGCCACUGCAUGCCGCUGCCUUUUCGCAGACGAUUGCUGUCAUCCAAGCCGGCCAUGGCCUCCUACAGCUCGGCUCUUGCAAGAUUGUAUGGCACUCUCUCUCUCUUCCUUCCACUAUAUAUCUUAUCUUUCACGCACGCGAUAUCCUCCCUCUCCCUCUCGCUCUCUCUUAGCCUGUAUAUCUCUCUCUACUCACCCGUCUCUUCCGUUUCUCUCUUGAAAUCUCUUUAUCCACCACUCUCUCUCCCUCUCUCUCUCUCGCUCUCUUUAAAACUGUCCCACAUCGAUUAAAAUAUAUGAGCUUAUUUCCUACUCGAUCUUCGAGUGCAACAUCCAAGCGAAUUCAAAGAACGCUAAUGCUCUAAUUUUUUUUCGUUUCUGGGUUGGACAGCUCUAUUUAUAUUGUAUACUUGCAGAGUAUACAGUAUCCUCUCUCUCUCUCUCUCCCGCUAGGUGUAUUUGUUAUAUUUGGACAUAUAUGUCUCUUUCACUUGAUCUCCGUCCAUCUCUCUCCCACCCACACCCUCUUCUCACUCGCUCUCCAGUUACCUAUCAUUAUCUCUCUCCCUCUCUCUUAAUAUAUUUAUACAUAGAUCUUUGCAUCUUUCUCUCUCAAGGUAGGAAUGAUUCCCAGGUGGGCACAAUUCUGAGUUGAUGUCGAGUUUUGAGUCCCAACUAUUCUGGAGACCUUCAGGAUCUACUUUCUAUCACUACGUUGUAUUGUUUACCAAAACGUAUCCUGCUUAAAUGGCUACACAUCAGCAAUCAGAAAGGGUGACUAAUCAGAGUCAUACUCCAUUUUAACCAUUGCAGUCCGAGUAGAGCGACCUCAUCAAUUUUAGAACCACCAUUCUUGGGUUCCGUGCCUAUUAGUGUGGAAGUAAUGGUUUCAAGAUUUGCUCCUUGUGAUUAAUUCAAUACAGCCUGUCUCUCUCUCUCUCUCUCUCUCUCUCUCUCUCUCUCUCUCUCUCUUCUAUAUCUCUAUCUACAUUGAUCCAUCUCUCUCUCUCUUGCUAGAUAUACGUACAUCUGCCGCAAUCUAGAUACUUGUACUCUCAUCUGACUGACAACUCGCUCUGCCCGUGUUAGAUACCCGAAGACCUGCACUUCGUGCUGAGGAUGAGGCACACCUUCGAGUCCCUCGGCUACCAGUCCGGUUACUACUUCUCCACCAUCUUCUCCUCCUCCUCCUCCUCUUCCUCCACCCCCGCCGCCGCCACCACCGCCGCAGCCGCCGCCGCCGCCGCCGCCGCCGCCGCUCCCCACUUCAACUGGCCCACCCGCCCACUCGCCCCCGCCGCCUUCCACGUGGGCUUCUCCGACGGCUGCCAGGUGGACGACCCCGACAUAAAGUGGCCCACCGGACUCUCCUUCUUCAAUGCCCUCACCGCCAGGGCGGACGACGCCGAGCUCCUCUUCGGCGGCGGCGCUACUGGCGACGCUCUGGGGACCAAGGCGGCGGGCACGUCGCAUCACCGCGUCGUCCUCGGCGGUAAACGCACCUCCUCUCCUCCCUAA